UAUAAGGAGAAGCGAACGACAUUUUUUUUAUUUAUUGAUCAAGAACUUAGUUAAAGGACGUGUCUGUGUUUUUGACUUGUGAAUUUUGAUAUUUAAGCCAAGAUAAUAAGUUUAUAAUAAUAAAUAGUUUCAAUUAAUUUGUCCAGCUAAGAAUACUGAUAACAAAAUGCAGAUUUUUGUUAAGACAUUGACGGGUAAAACCAUUACUUUGGAAGUAGAACCUUCCGAUACCAUUGAAAACGUAAAAGCCAAAAUCCAAGACAAAGAAGGCAUUCCCCCCGAUCAGCAGCGUCUGAUCUUUGCUGGAAAGCAGUUGGAAGACGGUCGCACACUUUCUGACUAUAAUAUUCAAAAGGAAUCGACUCUACACUUGGUAUUGCGUCUCCGUGGUGGCAUGCAGAUCUUUGUGAAAACCCUCACUGGAAAAACCAUCACCCUUGAAGUAGAACCUUCAGACACCAUAGAGAAUGUGAAGGCAAAGAUCCAAGACAAAGAAGGCAUUCCCCCAGACCAGCAGCGUUUGAUCUUUGCUGGCAAACAGUUGGAAGAUGGCCGCACCUUGUCCGACUACAACAUCCAGAAAGAGUCUACCCUCCAUCUUGUACUGCGUCUCCGUGGUGGAAUGCAGAUCUUCGUGAAAACCCUUACUGGAAAAACAAUCACCCUUGAGGUGGAACCUUCUGAUACCAUAGAAAAUGUGAAGGCAAAAAUCCAGGACAAAGAGGGAAUCCCACCAGAUCAGCAGAGAUUGAUUUUCGCUGGUAAGCAAUUAGAAGAUGGUCGUACUUUAUCCGACUACAACAUUCAGAAAGAAUCGACGUUGCAUUUAGUUCUUCGCUUGCGAGGUGGCAUGCAGAUAUUUGUUAAAACCCUGACUGGUAAAACCAUUACUUUGGAGGUCGAACCAUCUGACACAAUUGAAAAUGUCAAAGCAAAAAUUCAAGACAAGGAGGGCAUCCCUCCAGAUCAACAGAGACUGAUUUUCGCUGGUAAACAACUGGAAGAUGGACGCACUCUCUCGGACUAUAAUAUUCAGAAGGAAUCCACUCUCCAUCUUGUUUUGCGUCUCCGUGGUGGCAUGCAGAUCUUUGUGAAAACUCUCACUGGAAAAACCAUCACCCUUGAAGUAGAACCUUCAGACACCAUAGAGAAUGUGAAGGCAAAGAUCCAAGACAAAGAAGGCAUUCCCCCAGACCAGCAGCGUUUGAUCUUUGCUGGCAAACAGUUGGAAGAUGGCCGCACCUUGUCCGACUACAACAUCCAGAAAGAGUCUACCCUCCAUCUUGUACUGCGUCUCCGUGGUGGAAUGCAGAUCUUUGUGAAAACCCUUACUGGAAAAACAAUCACCCUUGAAGUGGAACCUUCUGAUACCAUAGAAAAUGUGAAGGCAAAAAUCCAGGACAAAGAGGGAAUCCCCCCAGACCAGCAGCGUUUGAUCUUCGCCGGAAAACAACUUGAAGAUGGCCGUACCUUGUCUGACUAUAACAUCCAGAAGGAGUCUACUCUUCAUUUGGUUUUGCGUCUCCGUGGUGGAAUGCAGAUCUUUGUCAAAACACUCACCGGAAAAACCAUCACCCUUGAAGUAGAACCUUCAGACACCAUAGAGAAUGUGAAGGCAAAGAUCCAAGACAAAGAAGGCAUUCCCCCAGACCAGCAGCGUUUGAUCUUUGCUGGCAAACAGUUGGAAGAUGGCCGCACCUUGUCCGACUACAACAUCCAGAAAGAGUCUACCCUCCAUCUUGUACUGCGUCUCCGUGGUGGAAUGCAGAUCUUCGUGAAAACCCUUACUGGAAAAACAAUCACCCUUGAAGUGGAACCUUCUGAUACCAUAGAAAAUGUGAAGGCAAAAAUCCAGGACAAAGAGGGAAUCCCCCCAGACCAGCAGCGUUUGAUCUUCGCCGGAAAACAACUUGAAGAUGGCCGUACCUUGUCUGACUAUAACAUCCAGAAGGAGUCUACUCUUCAUUUGGUUUUGCGUCUCCGUGGUGGAAUGCAGAUCUUUGUCAAAACACUCACCGGAAAAACCAUCACCCUUGAAGUAGAACCUUCUGACACAAUUGAGAAUGUCAAAGCUAAAAUCCAGGAUAAGGAAGGUAUCCCCCCAGAUCAGCAGCGUUUAAUCUUUGCUGGUAAACAACUGGAAGAUGGACGCACCCUCUCUGACUAUAAUAUUCAGAAGGAAUCCACCCUUCAUUUGGUACUGCGUCUCCGUGGUGGCAUGCAAAUUUUCGUGAAAACCCUUACUGGUAAGACCAUUACUCUGGAAGUUGAGCCUUCUGACACCAUUGAAAAUGUGAAGGCGAAGAUCCAGGACAAGGAAGGUAUUCCCCCAGACCAGCAGCGGUUGAUUUUUGCUGGUAAACAAUUGGAAGAUGGCCGCACCUUGUCCGACUACAACAUCCAGAAGGAGUCUACUCUCCAUCUUGUUCUGCGUCUCCGUGGUGGAAUGCAAAUCUUUGUUAAAACUCUCACUGGAAAGACCAUCACCCUUGAAGUUGAACCUUCUGACACCAUAGAAAAUGUAAAGGCAAAGAUACAGGACAAAGAGGGAAUCCCACCAGAUCAGCAGAGAUUGAUUUUCGCUGGUAAGCAAUUAGAAGAUGGUCGUACUUUAUCCGACUACAACAUUCAGAAAGAAUCGACGUUGCAUUUAGUUCUUCGCUUGCGAGGUGGCAUGCAGAUAUUUGUUAAAACCCUGACUGGUAAAACCAUUACUUUGGAGGUUGAACCAUCUGACACAAUUGAAAAUGUCAAAGCAAAAAUUCAAGACAAGGAGGGCAUCCCUCCAGAUCAACAGAGACUUAUUUUUGCUGGUAAACAGCUGGAAGAUGGACGUACUCUUUCAGACUACAACAUCCAAAAAGAAUCCACCUUGCAUUUGGUACUCCGACUCCGUGGUGGCAACUAACCAUAUUUCAGAAUAUUAACUCACAUACAUAUUCUUACAGUUUUGUUUAAAUUCGAAACCUGCUCGAUGUAAUCAUUCCAGAUGCUAUAACUUUUAUAAUUUGGAUUUAAUUAAAACGUGAUUAUUAUGCUUUAA